UUAUUAUUUCCCUGAGUAAUGUUUAAUGUUAUUAAGAAGGCAAUAGUUUGAAUAUAAAUAUUUUUUUUAUUUGAUGCCCUUCACAAUCGUUUCGUUUCCCAUACGUUCCGGUCGCUGCCAAUAUUUUGCUAAAAAGAAUAACAUUUUUCAGAUCAUAUGUUUUCUGUGCAGUAUUUUUGUCAAAGUGACGCCCUACAAACUUAGGAAAGUGCAAAUAAAUGUUACACCUUAAAAAUUACUAAGUCAAGGUCGAGUACGACGGUAACUGCAACGAAGCGUAUCCGUGCAGCUAGUAAAACCUGCCAGAAACAAGAAGUGAAUUUAUUUACUUUACGCAAGGGGCAAUGCAGCAAAGACCGGAGCAAUUUCAAAAGAAGGAGAAACAGGCAAAUACCACGUCACAAAUAACAUUGUCAAUCAUAAGUGAAUUUCGAGUGUGUCCACAAAAUUAGCGCUCAUUACUUCUUGAAAAGUUUUUUUUUUUUAGUUAAAAUUAUUAUUUUACGUUAAAAAGAAACAGCAGUGAAGUUGCGUCAUUGCCGGUAUUAGUGCGGUAAAUACGUGCAUAUUAUACGCUUUACGACUGGUGCUAAAUAACUACAGAAAAGUGCUAAAUCAUGUCCAACACACUGGAAGGAACACUUAGUAAAUGGACAAAUGUGAUGAAAGGCUGGCAGUAUCGCUUCUUCGUGCUGGAUGAAAAUGCUGGCCUAUUGUCUUACUAUACGUCGAAAGAGAAAAUGAUGAAAGGUGUGCGACGCGGCUGCGUACGCCUUAAAGAUGCCGUUAUUGGUAUAGAUGAUCAAGAGGACAACACCUUCACAAUAACUGUGGAUCACAAGACAUUUCACUUUCAGGCGCAACACAGUGAAGAACGCGAAAAGUGGGUUAGACGACUAGAGGACACCAUAUUAAGACAUGCGAAUCGCACUCGUCUGUGGGACAAUCAAAGCAAUUUCUACCUUGGUGGCUACCAGAAGGAUGUGGUAGGCAAUAAACGUGCAAAUCAUUUGGAGUUACUCAGCCGUCGUGUUUCGGAAGCGGACGCAUAUUUACAGUUGAUCAUUGACCAGACAAAUAAAAUCGAAAAACGUAUUGAGGAAAUAGCAGAUGCUGAGGAGAAAGCCAAGUGUAAAGCGUUGCAGGAUAACGCCAGUGCCAUGUUGGAUCAUAUCAAGCACUCAAUUGUAAGCUUACAAAUUGCCAAAAAUAUGGCGCAUCCAAUCAAUGGCAUCUACAAUGGCCCCAUAACAACAACCACCGGCAGCAACAGUGUCACCGCCAGUCCGACGAGCGUGAAUGCGGCAGCAUCUGGCGGCACGGGCGCGGUAGGCAAAGCAUCGCUCAAUAGCGCCAUUGAACCGGGCAUGGGUGCGAAGCUGGAUGCGAGUGGUGGGGAGGAGGAGGAGGAUUCCACCACAGAGAACGGCUUAUUGCCACAAACAGUGCUGCCACGUGCCACGACCAACACCACCACCACCAACACCCCUACCAUUGCUACCACCGCCGCUGCCAAUGAUGUACAACGGCACUUGCAACUACUUAAACUUGAACAACAACAGCAGCAACAAUUACAUUUGCAACAACAGCAACACCACCAACAACGCUUCCGUUAUCAAUAUCAGCAUAUCGGCAGCAUGUCGGGCCCCAUCGCCAACAGUAUCGAUAUUGUUGACAUAAUCGCCGAUGGCAUUGAAUAUGGUACUACGGCGUCCGAAAUUGCCACCAUAGCCGCAGUUGGUGCAACAACUGCUCCACUGGCUGUAGAUGUGCCUGAAACCUCUUAUUCCAGCAGCGAAGAUGAGGAGGAUUUCUAUGAUGCAAACGAUGAUCCCUUCACCAGUAUGGGAAACUCGCCGAGCUA